UCAAAUGUCAUGGUUCAUAUUUUACUUCUGUUCUUAUUUAUGAUAAAUGUUUGUUUUAAAUGUAGACUUACAUUGUCUACACCGGCAAGACUAUGGACGAUGAAGUUUCAUCAUUGGCCCGUCAUCAAAACAUGUUAAAGGAAGUUGCAAGCAGCAAACAAGAAUCAAAGUCUAUACUCAAGCACUAUAAACGUAGUUUUAGUGGCUUUGUGGCAGACUUAACAGAGGAAGAAGCUAAUAAAAUGGCCGUGCAUGAAGGGGUUGUAUCUGUCUUUCCCAAUGAAAAAAAACAAGUCCUCACAACAAAAUCUUGGGACUUUAUUGGUUUUCCAAUAAAUGUGGAGAGAGCACAACCAGAGAGUGACAUUAUUAUUGGAGUAAUCGAUCAUGGGAUUUGGCCGGAGUCUCAGAGUUUCAAUGAUAUAGGAUUGAGCUCACCUCCUAGCAGAUGGAAGGGACCCUGCCAAGCUUUUGAUUUCCACUGCAACAAUAAAAUAAUUGGAGCUAGAUAUUAUAAAAGUAAAAUUGAUAAAGACUUGAGCGUAUCUCCAAGAGACACAAAUGGGCAUGGAACCCAUAUAGCUUCAAUAGCAGCUGGAAACCCUGUUAGCAUGGCCAGUAUGUUAGGCUUUGGGCAAGGAACGACAAGAGGUGGGGCUUCGUCAGCACGAAUUGCCGUUUAUAAAGUGUGUUGGUCUAGUGGAUGCGAGGACAUGGACAUUCUCGCCGCAUUUGAUGAUGCCAUUGCUGAUGGAGUCGACAUAAUUUCGUUCUCGCUUGGAGGAAAAAUAACUGCCGAUACUCAUUUCAGCGAUGCAUUAUCCGUUGGUGCAUUCCAUGCAAUGAAAAAUGGAAUACUCACUGUAUGUGCGGCUGGGAACUCAGGUCCAAAUCACGCAUCAGUAAUGAAUGUCGCACCUUGGGCAAUUUCUGUGGCUGCAAGCACUUUGGAUAGAAAAUUUGUUACCCAAGUCAAAUUAGGGAAUAACAAAUUUUUUGAGGGUACCUCUCUGAAUAAUUUUGAUCUAAAGGGAGAAUUGUAUCCUCUUAUCUAUUCCAGAGAUGCACCGAAUAAGGAAGCAGGCUUCGAUGGAGAUUCAUCUAGAAAUUGCCCCUUCAAUUCGUUGGAUGAAAAAUUGGUGAAAGGAAAAAUUGUUCUAUGCGAAGGAAAUAAAGCGGCCUCAGAGGCAUUUAGAGUAGGUGCUGCUGGCCUCUUGAUGCAGGGGACAACAUCUAUAAAUGUCGCAUACAGUUUUCCUUUGCCUGCGUGUUAUCUUCACACCAAGGAUGCCACCAAAAUACGCAAAUACAUACAUUCUAAAAGGUAUUAA